CAUUUAGGAAGGACAGAUAAGGAAGAAAACGAGGUGGAGCUGAUAAUACAAGUCAACCAUUUCCAUUACUGGGGAGUAAAAACUAGUCAAGAAGCUGCAGGAUGAAAAGAUGGCGCUCCUGUUCGUACCGUCAGGUCCCCACUGCUUGCGCCGGUUCACUCGCGAAUCCCUGGCUGCUAUUGAGAGGCGGAUCGCUGAGGAACAGGCAAACAGCACACGGAAAGAACACAAGGAGGAGGGUGAGGAGGAAAAGCCCAUUCCUCACGUUGACCUGGAAGCAGGCAAGCAGCUCCCACUCAUCUACGGCGAUGUCCCCUCAGAGCUCAUUGGCCAGCCUUUGGAGGAUAUCGACUGCUUCUACAACAACAGGAAGACAUUUAUAGUCAUCAACAGAGGGAAAACCAUCUUUCGUUUUAGUGCCACGCCCGCGUUAUACCUGCUGACGCCUUUUCACCACGUUAGAAGGAUAGCUAUUAAAAUUUUAGUACAUUCAUUGUUCAACAUAUUCAUUAUGUGCACUAUUUUGACCAAUUGUGUGUUCAUGACCAUGUCUGACCCUGCCCCAUGGACAAAGAAUGUUGAGUACACUUUCACUGGCAUUUACACUUUUGAAUCAAUGAUAAAAAUAUUGGCAAGAGGAUUCUGCAUUGAUGCAUUCACCUUCCUUCGAGAUCCAUGGAAUUGGUUGGAUUUCAGUGUUAUUUUAAUGGCGUACAUAACAUCAUUUGUACACCUAGGUAAUGUUUCAGCUCUUCGAACAUUCAGAGUAUUGAGAGCGUUGAAAACCAUUUCAGUAAUCCCAGGCUUAAAAACCAUUGUAGGCGCAUUGAUACAAUCCGUGAGGAAGCUAGCCGAUGUCAUGAUUCUGACUGUGUUCUGCUUAAGUGUCUUUGCACUCAUUGGUCUUCAGCUUUUCAUGGGGAACUUGCGUCACAAAUGUGUGCGAGACUGGCGAAUAUUUGGCGAGACCGUGAUUAAUGAGACAGGGGAGUACGUUUGGCCCUGGAAUGAACCCUUCGAAGAAUUUAUUAACAAUAAAGAAAACCACUUGCAUCUCGAGGGCAAGAAGGAUGCCUUACUUUGUGGAAACAACACAGAUGCUGGGAAGUGCCCUGUGGGUUAUACAUGUUUGAAAGCUGGAAGGAACCCGGAUUAUGACUACACCAGUUUUGAUAACUUUGGCUGGGCCUUUCUCUCGCUCUUCCGUCUGAUGACCCAGGAUUUCUGGGAGAAUCUUUACCACCAGAUUCUGCGAUCCGCCGGCAAGGCCUACAUGCUGUUUUUUGUCUUUGUCAUCUUCCUUGGGUCGUUCUACCUGAUUAACCUGAUCCUGGCUGUCGUUGCCAUGGCCUACGAUGAGCAAAACCAGGCCACCAUUGCAGAGAAAGUGCAGAAGGAGAAAGAAUUUCAGCAGGCGAUGGAGCAGCUCCGGAAACAGCAGGAGCAGGCAGAACAGCAGUUGAACAGACUGGGGAAUGAGACAUUGUCGAGAAGUUCCUCCGAAAGAUCGCAUUUAAGUUUAAGGUACAGAAGCAUGAGGCCUAGGAAUGACAAAGAGCUGGGGAAACUCCACGAGGGAAUAGAUGAGGAAAACGAACUGAGGUCAGCAUCAGAAGAAGGCUUACCGAGGAAGCCUCUCAUGACUCCCAUCCUCUCGAACCGCCACCCGCUCAGGCGCAGCAGUAUUUUCCGAUUCCGGACGCAUUCCGCCGACGCCGCCAUGGAAAACAUCUUCUCGGACGACGAGGGCAGCGUCUUCGAUGACGCCGAGAGCACCAGGGGCUCCCUGUGCCUCCCCCAGUUGUACAGGACCAACAGCAACCAGAGCCACGGGAGUCACCGCUCAGUGCUGGCGGUCAGCGGGCACUACGGAGGGCGCAGGAAGCUGCACAGUGCCGUCGACCAGAAUGGCGUGGUGUCCGUGGUAGGAGGGCCCCCCAUCUCUCCGACCACCCUCCUCCUCCCCCAAGUGACCGUCGACAAGCCGAUCGCAGAAGACAAUUCUUCCCCAUCGGAGAAUGAAAUGAGUAAGAAGCAUUUGCUGACAGAUCAUCGGGUCUCUGUGAGUUACCUGGAGGAGACAUAUCAAAGGGAGCGAGCUGUUAGUGCAGCUAGUGUUCUCACCAAUACCAUGGAAGAACUUGAAGAAUCCCAUCUGAAGUAUCCUCGCUGUUGGUAUCACUUUUCCCAAACAUUUCUCAUCUGGAAUUGCUGCCCUAUGUGGAUAAAAAUGAAGAAAAUAUUGAAAUAUAUCAUGAUGGAUCCUUUCCUGGACCUGGCGAUCACCAUCUGUAUCGUCUUGAACACCGUGUUCAUGGGCUUGGAACACCGUCCCAUGUCCAAGGAAUUUGAUAACAUGCUCUAUGUUGGGAAUCUGGUCUUUACAGCCAUUUUCACAGCUGAGAUGGUCUUGAAAAUCCUUGCCUUGGAUCCGUACCACUAUUUCCAGCAGGGUUGGAACAUAUUCGAUAGCAUCAUCGUGUGUCUGAGCUUGAUUGAGCUGGGCCUAGCCAGAGUCGAUGGUCUGUCCGUGUUGCGAUCCUUCCGUCUGCUCCGAGUCUUCAAGCUGGCAAAAUCAUGGCCUACCCUCAACAUGUUAAUUAAGAUCAUCGGUAAUUCGAUGGGUGCAUUGGGCAACUUGACCCUUGUCCUGGCCAUCAUUGUCUUCAUCUUUGCUGUGGUUGGAAUGCAGCUCUUUGGCAAAAAAUACACCGAAUGUGUCUGUAAAAUCUCCACCAAGUGUAAGCUUCCACGUUGGCACAUGUCUGACUUCUUCCACUCGUUCCUCAUUGUGUUCCGUGUCCUGUGUGGUGAGUGGAUCGAGACCAUGUGGGAUUGUAUGGAGGUGGCUGGGCAGCCCCUGUGUAUCCUGGUCUUCAUGCUGGUGAUGGUCAUUGGAAACCUCGUGGUACUCAAUCUUUUCCUUGCCUUGCUCCUGAGCUCCUUCAGUGCAGACAACCUCAGCUCUCCGGACGAGGACGGGGAGAUGAACAAUCUCCAGAUUGCCUUGGCCCGCAUCCAUCGCGGCAUCAGGUACCUAAAGAGGGCCAUCGGCGAAUCCUUCCAGAGCUUCUGCAAGGGGGCUGAGCCCUCAGUGGAGGGGAAGGCCAUGAUGGAGCUCCCAACCUACGUCUUCAAUCACACGGGCACCGAGAAAGGGAAAGAGUCGGAGUACAAGGACGGGAAUGGGACAGCCAGUGGUAUUGGGAAUAACAGCACGGCCAUGGGCAGGAUGAACGAAUCCAUGGCCAAUGACUUCAAAAUGGCCGACGGCGUGCCCAUAGCAGUAAUUGAACCGGAGUUAGAGUUUGUCGAAGAGGAGGAACAAAGUACCUUCACGGAAGUGGCAGUCAACGAGGAGAAGAUGGAUGACCUGACCAGUUGUUCUGAAGCCAGCACGGUGGACAUGAGGAGCAAAGGCGAUGAGGACGAGCAUGUUUCAGAGCACAUGGAGGAAGCCGUGGAUCCGGACGAAUGUUUCACCGAAGCUUGUGUCCGACGCUUCACCUGCUGUCAGGUGAACAUCUCGACCGGCUAUGGGAAGGUCUGGUGGAACCUGAGGAAAACCUGCUACAAAAUUGUGGAGCACAACUGGUUCGAGACGUUCAUCAUCUUCAUGAUUCUGAUGAGCAGUGGAGCUCUGACAUUUGAAGAUAUUAACCUUGACAAGAAGCCAGUGAUAAAGACUGUGCUGGAGUACCUGGAUAAAGUGUUCACCUACGUCUUUGUUCUGGAAAUGCUGCUCAAGUGGGUAGCGUAUGGCUUCAAGAGAUAUUUCACCAAUGCCUGGUGUUGGCUGGAUUUCCUUAUUGUGGAUGUCUCUGUAGUCAGCCUUACGGCUAAUGCCCUGGGAUACGCUGAACUAGCUCCCAUAAAAUCUCUUCGGACACUCAGAGCUUUGAGACCAUUAAGAGCCUUGUCACGAUUUGAAGGGAUGAGGGUGGUAGUCAAUGCACUCAUUGGUGCCAUCCCGUCCAUCAUGAAUGUUUGCUUCGUCUGUCUCAUCUUCUGGCUCAUUUUUAGCAUUAUGGGAGUCAACCUCUUUGCAGGGAAAUUCUAUAGGUGCAAGAAUCUGACCAGUGGGGAUCCAAUUCCCAUUCACAUUGUCAACAACAAGAGUGAGUGCGACAUGCUCAACAGCACAGAGGUCCGAUGGCACAACGAGAAGAUCAACUUUGACAACGUCAUGAUGGGCUACCUCGCUCUGCUGCAGGUGGCAACGUUUAAGGGCUGGACGUUAAUAAUGUACGCUGCUGUUGAUUCACGAAAUAUUGAUGAGCAGCCUGAUUAUGAGACCAACAAGUACAUGUAUGUGUACUUUGUAAUCUUCAUCAUAUUCGGCUCUUUCUUCACCUUGAAUCUCUUCAUUGGUGUCAUCAUCGAUAACUUCAACCAACAGAAGAAAAAGCUCGGGGGUCAGGACAUCUUCAUGACGGAGGAACAGAAGAAAUAUUACAAUGCCAUGAAGAAACUGGGUUCGAAGAAGCCUCAGAAACCAAUCCCCAGGCCUUUGAAUAAAUUCCAAGGGUUAAUCUUCGACCUGGUUACAAAGCAAGCCUUUGACAUUUUCAUCAUGUUCCUGAUCUGCCUCAACAUGUUGACGAUGAUGGUGGAGACUGACGACAUGGAUCAGUACAAGAAGAAUAUACUCUUCAUCAUCAACAUUAUCUUCAUUGUGCUCUUCACUGCUGAGUCCUCUCUCAAAAUUAUUGCCCUGAGGCAGUACUUCUUUACCAUUGGCUGGAACAUAUUUGAUUUUGUGGUGGUGAUCAUUUCCAUUAUCGGUAUCAUGUUGUCCGACGUCAUUGAAAAGUACUUUGUGUCACCGACGCUCUUCAGGGUCAUUCGACUGGCCCGGAUUGGGAGGAUACUCCGUCUUAUCCGAGGGGCAAAGGGUAUCAGGACCUUACUGUUUGCCUUAAUGAUGUCCCUCCCCGCCCUGUUCAACAUUGGCCUCCUCCUGUUCCUGGUCAUGUUCAUCUACGCCAUUUUCGGAAUGGCCAACUUCGCUUAUGUGAAGCAGGAAGACGGCAUUGACGACAUGUUCAACUUCCAGACCUUCGGCAACAGCAUGAUCUGCCUGUUCCAGAUCACCACCUCAGCCGGCUGGGACGGCCUCCUCAGCCCCAUCCUGAACACCGAGAGCCCGGACUGUAACCCCAGGAAGGAAAACCAAGGCACCAACGUGAAAGGGGACUGUGGCAACAAAUCCGUCGGCAUCGUCUUCUUCGUCAGCUACAUCAUCAUCUCCUUCCUGAUUGUGGUGAACAUGUACAUCGCCAUCAUCCUGGAGAACUUCAGUGUGGCCACCGAGGAGAGCUCAGAGCCGCUCAGCGAGGACGACUUUGAGAUGUUCUACGAGGUGUGGGAGAAGUUCGACUCGGAAGCCACCCAGUUCAUCGAGUACUCGGCCCUGGAGGAUUUCGCCAACGCCCUGAAGGAGCCGCUGCGGGUGGCCAAGCCGAACAAGAUCAAACUGAUCGCCAUGGACCUGCCGAUGGUGAGCGGGGACAGGAUCCACUGCCUGGACAUCCUCUUCGCCUUCACCAAGAGGGUGCUGGGAGAGUCCGGCGAGAUGGAUGCCCUCAAGCUGCAGAUGGAGGAGAAGUUCAUGGCGGCCAACCCAUCGAAGAUCUCCUACGAGCCCAUCACCACCACCCUGCGGAGGAAGCAGGAGGAGGUCUCCGCCACGGUUAUCCAGCAAGCGUACAGGAGGCACCUCCUACGGCGCUCGGUCAAACAGGCCUCCUUCAUGUACCGGCACAGAACCAGUGACGUCAACGUGGUGGUGGAGGAGGCCCCGGAGAAGGAAGGGCUGAUCGCGACGAUGAUCAAGGAGCACUAUGGCCCCGAGUUGGAGAGGUCAGAGACCAUGUCCUCCUCCUCCUCUCCGCCAUCUUACAACAGCGUCACCCGGGCGGUCAGCGAGAGCGUUGAAGUUAAAAUCUUCGACCCCGAGCCUGAUGGGCAAACUGAUCCAAAAAGAAGCCUCGAUAAAGACAGGGAGUCCUUAGUGUAAAAGGGGAAGCGAGCUCUCUCAAGAUGUUCUUGUUUACGCGUGCACACACACACACACAUACACACACCCAAAAUAAAAAAAAAGACCCAAAGCCAUUUGUACCCGUUAGAUGUGGAAGAUUACAGAGCGAGAAAAUUUUAAAAAAAGACAAGGCUUUUGUUUUGCCUCACUUCUUCAGAGCACGUGACGUGACUGACCUCUGACCUUGGUUCUGACGGCUUUGCUUUACGCUUCAAGCAACAAGAGAUUUGGAGGGACCCCCGCACACAAAGUCGUGGCACUAACAUUGGUAGUAGACAAGGCUGGGGGCAGAACUCUGCGGCAUGAGGCCCCCAGUAUUCACAAGUGACAGUGACUGACUGCACACAUUUAUUUGAAAUAUCAUUAAUGAUGGUGUGUCUCCUCCUGGUUAUGUAUGACCUGCAUUCACAA